AUGCCUGGACGUGGACGAUCCUCCACCCCAAGAGGCCGGAGCAGGUCCUCCAGGGGAGGUAGUUUGCCUGCCUCAGCAAGCAGACCUGAAGUAAGCAGCUCCGACAGUGGAGCCGAACCGAACGCCCAACUGCAGGAGCAGCAGUUGAGGAUCGGCGCCCUAGAAUCGGCGCUGGCCAAGGAACGGUCAAGCCGCCGUCGUCGUCGGUCCCCAUCGUCGUCGGCAUCAUCCUCAUCAUCAUCCUCAUCUUCCCCCUGUUCGUCUCCGUCGUCAUCCCCGUCUUCAUCGUCAUCUCCCGAGUCUCGCCGUCGUCGCAAAAAAUCAAAAAAGGCCAAAAACUCGAGAAGUCGUUCCGCGUGUCCCCAGUCAACCUCGUCGAGGUGGUGGAAGAACCCCUCGUACGAGAGACAGUACGAGACAAACGCUGCUGUGCUGGAAGAGCUCGGCGAAGUGCGUGCUGCUCUAGGGAAGAGGAAGGUGGACAGGGCAAGGCGAGCCACCAAGCAAGGUGAGAACUUGUUGCGGGAUAGGCAAGAGUGGCUGGUCAUUGCAGAUGCACACGGGCACGAGGCAGCCAAAACGUUUGCAGAGGGUGGCGAGAUGCUGGGGAUUGUCGGGUGCCCGCAGAAAAGGAAAAGGCUAAUGGCAGCCAUCCAAUCCCCCCCUGCGCCAAAAGCCAAGCAGCCCUUUCUCCCCCGCACUGCGUCCCAGUCGGCCAAGGGGUGGGGUGCCCACAAUGCAAACUUGCAUGCCACCAUUGCGGCGAAACAGGCCACUACAUUCGCGUGUGUCCCCGCCGGCAAGCAGCUAGCCAGCCGCGAAAUGCCUGAACCCUGUGCAGCUGACGACUAUGAUAUGUCAUUUCAAAGCAAUGAAUUAGAUGCUGAAACCUAUUCUAUGUUGCAUAGCGUGGAUGGGGAGUUCGGAGGGGACCGGGACAGGGUGGUCAUUGGCAGUCUAAAGAAAAACGUGCAGUUCUGGGAAGAAAUCGGAGCACCAAAGUUAGUACUUGAAGUAAUCAAUAAUGGAUACACGCUGCCGUUUGUUAGAUUGCCAAGGCCCAGGUGGUCAGACAACCACAAAAGUACACAUGAGUUUCCAGAUUUUGUCGGGGAGGCCAUUUCAGAUAUGCGUUCUCGCGGUUGUAUUAAAGAGGUUAACAGAGACCAAGUGUCAGUGUGUAGCCCGUUGGGAGUGGUGGAUAAUGGGAAGAAGCUGAGGCUUAUUCUGGACCUAAGGUACCUCAACAAACACCUGGCUAAAUUCAAGUUCAAACUGGAAGAUUUGAAGGUGGUGGCAGAUGUAUAUGAGAAGAACGAUUUCUUGGUUACAUUCGACUUGAAGAGUGGCUACCACCACAUUGCUAUAGCAGAAAGCCACUGGAGGUAUCUUGGUUUCAGUUGGGUAACCCCCCAGGGAAAAGCAGCAUACUAUACGUUUUGCGUCUUGCCGUUUGGUUUGUCAACCGCCCCUUACAUUUUUACAAAGGUAACCAGGGUGCUAGUGCGUCGUUGGAGGGCAAUGGGUAUACGUUGCCAACUGUACAUGGACGAUGGGUCGGGAGGACAUGCUUCCAAAGCAGGUGCUCACAAGGUAGCAAAUCAAAUGAAGAAAGAUCUCCAAAACGCAGGAUUUGUAGCUAAUGAAAAGAAAUGCCGUUGGGAGCCCUCUCAGGUUGUAGAGAUGUUGGGUAUGGUGGUUGACCUACGCGUUGGAGCCAUCCGAGCCUCCGAAAAGCGUGUUAAAAAGCUUAAGUCGAUGCUCAGCACAAUGUCAGGUAGCAGGCAACCAUCAGCUAAGCUGGUAGCAAGGAUGACUGGAAUGAUAAUGUCCAUGUCGCUGGCCCUGGGCCAGAUUUGCAGGCUGAGGACUAGAGCAUUCUACCACAUGAUCCUAUUGAGGAAGUCAUGGGCAGCUCAAACAGUUUGGUCAAAGGAGGCAAUUGAUGACCUGAAGUUCUGGAAAGAAUCUUUUGACAAAUUGCAUGGCCAGCCUUUCUGGAAGAAGGACCCACGUGUUGUAGUUAUCUGUUGGUCAGAUGCCAGCGACACUGGCUGGGGAGGUUUCAUGGAGGGGAGGUUGGGUGUGCAUGUUGCGAAGGGUGAAUGGCCAGGUGAAAUCAAAGAAAAGAGACUAAGUUCUACUUGGCGUGAGCUUAGGGCUGUUAAGCUUGUUCUGGAGUCAUUGGCACCAAAGAUUGCUGGGAAGGCUUGCAUACAUCGCACAGACAACCAGGCAGCGGCACACAUUAUCGAAAACGGUAGCCGCAAAGAGCAUUUGCAAGAGGAAGCUAUGGCAAUACACAAAUUGUGCAGGCGUUUUAGCGUGAGGAUUAGGGCAGAAUGGGUACCUCGGGAAGAGAACGAGCUGGCUGAUUAUUAUUCGAAGGUUGUUGACCAAGACGAUUGGCAAUUGAACCCUGCAUUAUUCCGCGAAAUGGAGGGGAGAUGGGGCCCCUACAGCCUAGAUUGUUUUGCCAGUUUUAAGACUAAGCAGCUCAGUAAGUACUGCUCCCGGUGGUGGAACCCAGAGUGCUUUGCGAUUGAUGCGUUCACAGUGGAUUGGUCCAUUGAAAGGGUGUGGAUGGUUCCCCCUAUCUACCUUAUUUCACGUACAAUCGAUAUGCUGCUAGCAUGCAGAACCCAUGGCACUCUUGUUGUACCAGAGUGGCGGUCAGCCCCAUGGUGGCCAAAAUUGCAUGACGGAGCUGCGUGGUACGGAUUUGUGAAAGAGUGCGUGUGGUUGCCAAAGGAUGAGAAUACAUUCUUGCAGGGGUCAUGCCCAUGGAAUUUGUUUGGUUACGGCAUGCCGAAGUCCGAGAUCAUUGCUUUGAAAUUGUGCGCAGUUAGUGGCUGUGAUUGCUGACAGCAUACCUGGCGCGUGUUUGUAUGCGGGAGAGCCUGAGUAUGUCUGACGGUGCAUGAAAUGAGAGCUUGCGGAAGUUUGCCUCCAUGCUACAGGUGCGGUAGGGCAAGUGCUAUAGGCACACAUACAGCUAUAAGCUCCCCGGUUAACACGUACAGAUGUAUCAACUAGAAGUUGCACCCAGAGCACUAGCUUCGCAAAGAGUGGUGCAUACGGUCAUGCACGGAGUUGUGCUACAGGCAUACAUGGACACUACAGGUGUUAACCCGAGCAGCAGGCAUGAUAAGGGUGAAAGCUACAGGCUUACAAUUAUGACUCAAGGUGCUGCGGCAGAGCCAGCCGAGCGCGGACGCUACAAGCAAUCGAGCUAAGGGGGAGGAGGCAGUCAGUGGCGCAGAAGUGAUCAUGCUGUUCUCCGACUGUGUGCUACAGGCAAGUCAAGUCAACAGCCAGAACGCAUGUCUCGCUGCUUGGCAGUCUAUAUGCCGCCAGCUAUGCUUUGUGCUUCUUGGAGCAGCUGUUGCUGCGACCCUGCAGUUCUAUUGUUGUUGUUGUGGUGUGUACGAGAGAGUCGAAAAGAAAUGUCUCAUUUCUUGUUGGAUGAGAGCAACGAAGUAAACAAGAAAUGCUGUUCUUUUCGAAACGCGAGUGCACAGUCCAGAGUUCACGGACUGUGCUGGGAGUGUGGUACGCACUGGCUGCACAGUGCGGAGUUGCAGCAUGCACAUGAAGGUGCAUGCUGGUCUGAAGACAGUGUUCUUUUUGUUCUUGCACUGCUGCUGUACAGUUGCGAAUCCCACCCGCCCACCCAAUUGGAUAGCCAUUGCUAGAUAUGUAUGUGCAUAUGGAUUUAUUGGCUGAGUAAGCAGUAGUGCGUGUAUGUGGCGAGCAUGUUUCCGUGUGUGGGCCAAUUUCAGAUAAUUCUGUAUUAAGGUAGCACAUUGGCUUUUUUUUUUUAGACUGGCCCAUUUGGGGUUAUUCAGCAUCUCCACCAUUGUCGCUGGCGGCAAUUCCCAUUAAUCAGUGCACUAGGCCGUGGUGAACGCAUUUCGAUCGGAAGUUCAUGUAUCCAUUGUCCCAUGGCUUGGAUCGCUUGCUGUCUUGCGUUGUUUUCCUUUUGUUAUGCUAAAGUGAUGUGUACCAGGCUGCCAUGAUUAUGUUUAAAUGCUGUGUGCCUGUGGCAUAGUAAUAUUAAUACACAUGCGGUGCAAGAAUUGGAGCAGCUGUUGCUGCGACCCUGCA